AAAAUAGAUCUACAUCGGGAUCGUAAUGUACUGAAACCCAGAUCCAACAUCCACGAUGUCGAUGAAACAGAUAUUGGAAGAAUUAAAAAUGGGAUAUGCAAUUAAACGAUUUGAAGAGGAAAGAAUCGAUGUAGAUAACUUUUUAAGUGUAACAGAUUUACAAUUAAUCAACUUAGGAAUAAUUACGAUCGGGGAUAGAAUCCGACUUACAGAGAGGGUAAAAAGAAACGCAAGAAGUUCCGUUCUGGAAAGCGCGGACGAUUUGGUGGCAAUAACAGAUUCAAAUCCAAUCGCCUCUAUUUUGUCUCACCAAAGAAAAAUGCUUUUUGGAAACAAGAAGUCCAAAAGACGCCACAGUUUCCCCGUAAAUCAUGACCCCGAAAAAUUAGAUAUCCCAAAACGCCGUAAAGUGACAAGAACUUGGACAAUGACUGUUGUUUGUUUGGCAGAUAAAGAGUCUUCAAGGGUGCCAUCAUCUGCAGAGAAAGAAAUUCUGUUUAAAGCAGGCCUAGGUACCCGCAAAAUACAGUUUUUAACAUCUGACACCGAGGCUGAUGUUUUAAAGACUAUAACUUCAGACAGAUCAACAGAAAAUGGUCAGACUAUUGGAUUUCCUCAGCUUAAUAACUGUGGUGGGUUUGAACUGCUCAAAUGCACCCAAAACAGCAGAGAACUCUCUCUAAUUGAUUGUGAGUGGUCGGUUUCUCAACUUAAAACAUAUUUAGGGAGUCAAACCAAGAUUUAUAUACGACCAGUCCAAACAAGUCUCAGUACAACACCAAUUGAUAAUAAUUUUCAAAUCAAGACAGAAGAAAUUUGCAAGUUUUGCAACAAGGGCUUUUCUAUUAGAAAUCUGAGACAGCAUGUUAAAACCUGCAAGGACAAGCCAAAAACAAUAGAGGUAUGUGAGAGUGAUAGUGAUGAUCUACCAGAUCCUGCUUUAAAUGAUCAUGGUGGCCUUUGGAGUUUUUUAAGUGAUGCAAAUAUAGAGUUUUUGCCUGCAGCAGUGGAUGCAGUAGAUCCACUUGGUGAUGCAGUACCAAUAAAUGCUUCAACUUCAGUUACAGAUGUGAUUGAUGAAGUAUCCCAAACUGAAGGGAAUAGCAAUUAUAAUGAACAUGCAUCUAGUUCUUCUAGUAAUGUUUAUGUCCAUACUGGGGAAGAAAUAAAUUCCAGCUCUGACAGCACUACAAGUUCCACACAGAAUGCUACAGUCUCUCCUACUAUGUAUCAAAAGGCAGAAACUGUAUGUUUGAUAGACAGUGUCAUAUCUAGUGCAAUUGAUCACUGCCUUACUGAGAACAUUACUGAUCCAGUGGAAAUCCUAAGACAUAUGCAAAAAGUUAUAGUGACUGGAAGAAGUUUGGAACUCGACGAUUUAUUAAAUUGUGAUUCAGGAGACACCUCUUUCAUCAUGGUGGAUCGAGGAAAUAUUUUGGAGACAGCAUUUGAUGAAAUUAAAAGCAUAACAGACAAAGAUCUUAGAAAAACAUUGGAAGUUAACUUCUACAAUGAGUGUGCUUCAGAUCAAGGGGGGCCACGUAAAGAAUUUUUUCGUCUAGUGCUCAGUGCUGUCAAGGAAAAGUAUUUUGACAAAGGUUUGCGAGAACACCUGGCAAAAGAUUAUGUGACGGUUGGAAAAAUUAUGGCUUUAAGUAUCCUGCAAAAUGGACCAAUGCCAAGCUUUUUAAAUGAGGAUAUUCGAAUUGACCUGUUUUCUGGGAAAGAUUCAAGUUCAUUAUGCAUAAAAAAUCUAAGGACUGGAUUGGAUGUUUUGGGAGUAGUCAAGGUUGGAAGCAUUUUACCAAUGUUUGUACACCUUCUUAAUCCCAGCACAACUUGUCUUACAUUGAAAGCUGUUACACAGCUACUAAAACCCCAUUUUUCAGAAGAGGGUUCAAAUGACAGAAAGUAUGAAAAUAGUGUAUAUUCAGCAUUCUUAAGAUAUAUGCGAUCAGCAGCAAGUGGAAGAAGAGGAGAUGUUUCACUUCAGCACAUACUCCAGUUUGUUACAGGAGCAUCUGAAGAGCCCAUCCUUGGAUUUUGCCACCCUCCCUCCAUAGAGUUUGUAAAACCUCGUGAUGACACACGCUUUAUACCAACAGCAAAUACAUGCAUCAAUUCUCUGAAGUUACCACGAGGGACCUUAGAAAUCAAAUUGCCGGCAGAUGAAGAGCUAUUUUCUCUGUAUGAUUAUGCCUUUUUAAAUACAUUUUAUGGGCUUAUUUGAGUUCCCUUGUAAAUGUGUGUUUCUGUUUCUUCAAAGGUUAGUUUGAUGUUGAUAUGAAGGGUUACUUAUUAAGGGUUACAUUGUUGUAUACCCCCAUACUAAAUUUAAGGUAUGGUCCUGUUGUGUCAAGAAGAAGGAUUAUCUUGGAUUUGUCAGUAUUCUGAAUUUUGCUUUUUAAUUAUUUUAUGUAUGGUAGAUACACUAUGGGACACUCUUAAGCAAGAUUUUUAGUUGGUGUUUCUCACAAGUUAACAGAGAUACAUGUACCUGUAUAUGAUGAUUCACUUUGGUCUUAGUCUUUUAAGUCACCUGAGUGACUCAAUUGGUUUUCGUCCAUUGUCAUGGAUUAAGAAUUGAACAUUUUUAACUUCUUCUUGAAAACUAUGUGGCCAAUUUUUUUCAAGGGGGGUAAGAGAAAGGUAAAUUGUAAACUUCAUUGGCAUUUUUGCAAGAUUUCAGGUAGGGAGAGGGGGGGUAUUACCAUGUUUUAGAUAAUAUUUACUCCAGAAUAAAGCUAAUUGGUUGCACAGAGAGAGAGAGAGAGAGAGAGAGAGAGAGAGAGAGAGAGAGAGAGAGAGAGAGAGAGAGAGAGAGAUGAGAAUUCCUGCCAGGUGUUGUGUAUUAGCUGAGGUACUCAGGUGACUGUUAGGACCUGUUGGUCUGUUGAUAUUAGAUUUUGGGGAAGACAUACCAUGUACCUUGUUUUUUAAACUUUCAGUUUUAAGAAAGCAAAAUGGUUUUUUAUGCUUUUCUUUUUGGAUCUGAGAAAAAAAAAUCAUCAGCACACUCUAUUCAACUAUCUUUUAUUCAAAAGAGUCAAAAAGACUGCUUUAUGGCCCAGGUUUACGAUGUUGUACAGUAGUUUUUCCUCCUCUUGGCUUGCAAUUUUUGUGAAGAUUAUUUUGAUAAUAUUACUUGUAAAUUACUCCUUUUUAACUUUUAUCCACACCUAUGAUGUAUGAUGCUCCAACUUUCACGAUUUAUUGUAGUUUUUUUACAUGAUGAGUCAUUUUUGAAAGGUAAAGUAAUGGAAAAUCUUUUUUUUAAAUUUACAAUUAGGGGUCUAUAACUCUAUUGUUCAUAAUAUACAUAGAAGGAAUGUCCCGUGAUUUGUAUUGCAAAUUCAUUGUUUACAAAACAUGUUUAUAGAGUAGUACAUGUAUAUAACAGCCUUGCAAGGGUACAAUUUUCACUGGGACAGAUGUUGUUUAAUUUGAUUUGUUGAAUUUCCUGAUAAAAUUUGCCAAUAUGAAACAUGAUUAAAAGAAUCAGAGGCAGUGUGUUUUACAUUUCAGACAAUUUUGUUAAAAUAUAUAUUAUAAUUUUUUUCUGAAUCAGAUUGAUUGUAUAAAAUAGAAUUGAUUAAAUAUUUAAAUUAGGAUUAUAGAAGUCAAAAUUAGUAUGAAUCAAUAAAGGUAAUAUUUUUAAUAUUUUUGAAAACUGCUAAGUAGUUACUGGUAUCAAAAACUGUUUUCUUUUUGUAUAAUUCAUGCAUCAAAAUUGCAAGUUUUAGUAGAAAAAAAAUGAUUUGAUAAUAAA